AUGUCUCCUAUACAAUACAACGUCAAAAUGGAUCUCUCUUGGUGCAUCAUGUGCGAUAAGCGUAUCAUGGAUGAUAGUGAUUCCUUGUUAAAGACUGAUGCACUCUAUUGCUCAGAGGAUUGCAAGCUCAAAGACACUAGUAAAUCAACAUUGGAAACAUCUGCUAGGCUUGUUGUCACAAAGAAAUCACUGAAGCGCGCAACACCAUCAACGCAUUACCCUUGGAUCCCUUACUACAACAAGAGACGCCACAACUAUUUCCUGGCUGCUAACCAAAUCAAACGCUGCUCUUCACCUGCUGCUCAGCCUACAGUGGUGGCUGGAUCAGCUGCUUCCGCUACUGCUGUUGGUAGUGGGAUUUUAUCCUUAAUCCACUAA